GCCCGUCCCGUCAUUCUGCCAGUGUCAGUCAGUGCGGUUUGAUGGUUUAACCCCACUUGUGUCAGAUGAGGGUUUUGGGGCCGAAACAGCCCCCUUUUUGCGCUUGAAGCCCCGCCAGGGCCGCUUUUCCCCCGGGGGCCAUGUGAUUCCAGUGACAGACAAUGCAAUGAGAACGAAAAACUUCCUAGUCACUCUCAGUGUGAUUCUGACGCUCAGUGUGGGCUUUUUAGUGUUUGGCCAGCACAAGCCCGACACGAUUCAGAGCCUGGUGAGCAGCACCAAUGAGCAGAUCCAGAGCUUUAAGGACAACCUGCGGGACGCCGAGUCCAAGAGGCUGGUGGCCGACCAGAAGCUGCUCGACCUGCUGGGGUUCCAGGAGCGUCAGCCCCGCCUGUUUCCGGCGGAUGUUUGGCGCAACUCCUCGCUUCCGGUGGUGGUCACCAUGGUGACCGCUGGACAGGAGAGCCUGGCGGUGGGCGUGGUCACCACGUUGCCACGUCUGCUCCCCAACAACACCAUCCUUGUCUAUAACCUGGGGCUGAGCGAGUACGGCCUGAAAGUGCUGCAGACUUACUGCAACAGCUCACGUUGCCAGAUUGUGCCGUUCGAUCUGUACGACUUCCCGGCGCAUGUGCAGGACGAGGCGCUGCACGCUUACCGGCCAGUGGUUCUGCAGGACGCGCUGAGCCGCACCGGGGCCAUUCUGUACGUGGACAGCGGCGUGCGCUUCCUGCCCAACGUCACCCACGGCCUGAUGAUGGAGCUGUUCGCGAAACGGGCGCUGCAGCGGGGCGUGCUCACGUUCCCCGUUCCGGCCAAGAACCCCGUCACCAGCUUGACGCACAAGAAAAUGUUCGAGUACUUCCGCACCGAUGCGGAAAACUUCCAGUUCCUCCAAAUGGUUAGAGCCGACGUGCUCUUCCUGGUCAACACCCGGGAGGUGCACCAGGACAUCAUGCUCCCCUGGGUCCAGUGUGCGCUCACCCAGGACUGCAUCUUCCCCAUCGGGGCGCAGUCCACCGGCUGCAACUUCGACAAGAAGCCCUCUUACCGCUACUCGGGGUGCCAUUUCUAUGACGCCUCCGCCCUCAACAUCGUGCUGGGGCUGCGGUUUCGCUUCAUCAGCAACGCGUACGCCCUGAUGGGGGCGGCGCCGCUAUUCACCACAGUGGCGCGCCAGCGCGCCGACGCCCUCCUGCGGGAAAUGGAGCAGAACGCCACCUCCACCGAUGCCCAUCUGCAGUUCGUUACUUAACGCGGGCGCUGGUUGGCUGGCCGAUGAAACACUAGUGUGCGGUGUCUCUGUUGGGCGACUGCCAGCCGGUUUUCCCGGGAAAUUGCCCUGAAAUCGCGCCCGAUUGGCUCAACUGGACCAUGCCCGGAAAGUGCGCGGAAUUGCCAAGGUUUUUUGUCCCGGAAGUUUUUGGCUGCGGCCGAUAGCAAGGGAGCUGUGGGCCGAAUAACAUCGCCGCCCUUUGACGGGCAGCCCCAAAAAGUCGCCCGAUUUCAAAAAUUCCAAAACUGGCUGAAAGCUCGUUGGAUUCUGCGCGUUUUUUGCUUGGGGGGUUUUUGGAUGCAACGCGCCCCAAGGGCGCUGCGGCGGCAUUUGACACCGUCGCCCCCGUCAAAUGCAGCCCGCUGUUAUUGCGCCCAUAGCUCCGCUCCCAGGGGGGCGAUUUUUGCAAUUGUCAAACCCCCUUCUAGCCCUUUAAGGGCCGGUUGUUUUUUGUCCGAAACGUUUUACGGUGCGGCCGAUGGCAAGGGAGCUGUGGGCCGAAUAACAUCGCCGCCCUUUGACGGGCAUCCCCAAAAAGUCGCCCGAUUUCGAAAAUUCCAAAACUGGCUGAAAGCUCGUUGGAUUCUCCGCGUUUUUUGCUUGGAGGGUUUUUGGAUGCGACGCGCUCCCAGGGCGCUGCGGCGGCAAUUGACACCGUCGCCCCCGUCAAAUGCAGGCCGCUGUUAUUUUGCCCAUAGCUCCGCUCCCAGGGGGCGAUUUUUGCCAUGGUCAAACCCCCUUCUAGCCUUUUAAGGCCGGUUGUUUUUUGUCCGAAAAGUUUUUAAUGGGGCCCCUAACAAAGGCGCCGCAGGCCUAAUAGGGGCUGCCGCCCUUUGCGCCCGCCCAUUCCCUGGAGCUGCAAACAUCGCAACUUUUAGAACAAUCAUUUGAGCCUUUGCAAUAGUGGGACGUUCCAAAUGGGCUGCACGGUCUGUAGUUGUGAUAGAUCUGUUGGGGAUCGUUAAGUUAAUUAAUUAAUUAUCAGAAAAGUG